AUGGCACCGGCAGAGCUGGAUAAGUUGAAGGCUCAGUUGGAUGAUUUGAAAGCCAAGGGUUUCAUUCGCCCUAGUGCUUCACCAUGGGGGGCACCGAUUCUCUUUAUGAAGAAGAAGGAUAGGCUAUUACCGGAGAUUUGUUUCGGAUUUCUCACACAUAGCAGCAACUAUGACUCGACUUACCUGCAAGGGGGUCAAGUUUGUGUGGAGUGGGGCUUACAGCGGAUGGUUACUUAUGGGUCUAGACAGUUGAAAACUCACGAGUUGAACUAUUUGACACAUGAUUUGGAGUUGGUAGCGGUCGUCUUUGCCCUGAAGUGA